AUGGAUCUGAAAGUAGAACCAGAGGAGAUGGACUCGAACCAGCCUCAGUCGUUGGAAGUUUUCGCGCAGAGCUCCACUUUACACGGGAUCUCUCACAUCUUCACGUACGAGCGCUUCUGUGUCAAACGCUGCUUGUGGAUGCUGUUUUUCCUCGGAUCUUUCACGUUCCUGCUGUACGUGUGCGUGGAUAGGAUUCACUUCUACCUGGAGUACCCGCACGUGACCAAACUGGACGAAAUCACGACCCCGACCAUGACGUUUCCAGCCGUGACUUUCUGUAACCUGAACGCGUUCCGGUUCAGCAGAGUGACCCGCAACGAUCUGUACCACGCGGGCGAACUGCUGGCUCUACUCAACCAGAGAUAUGAGAUCCGUGACGUGCACCUGGUGGAGGAGAGCGUGCUGGAGAGUCUGAAGACCAAAGCAGACUUCCAUAACUUUAAGCCCCGCCCCUUUAACAUGAGGGAGUUCUACGACCGCACGGGCCACGACAUCAGUGACAUGCUGCUCGGCUGCCAUUUCCACGGAACUGAGUGCAGACCCGAAGACUUCAAAGUGGUGUUUACGCGCUAUGGGAAGUGCUACACGUUUAACGCGGGCGGAGAUGGACGAACUCCUCUCGUCACCACGAAGGGAGGCAUGGGCAACGGACUGGAGCUCAUGCUGGACAUUCAACAGGACGAGUACCUGCCCGUGUGGGGGGAGACCGAUGAGACGUCCUUCGAGGCUGGUGUCAAAGUUCAGAUCCACAGUCAGGACGAGCCCUCCUUCAUUGACCAGCUCGGGUUUGGAGUGGCCCCUGGAUUUCAAACAUUUGUGUCCUGCCAAGAACAACGGCUCAUAUAUCUGCCUCCACCCUGGGGUGACUGUAAAGUGACACCCAUGGAUUCCGACUUCUUCGACACAUACAGCAUCACAGCGUGUCGCAUCGACUGUGAGACGCGCUACCUGGUGGACAACUGCAACUGCCGAAUGGUGCACAUGCCAGGAGAUGCCCCUUACUGCACUCCAGAGCUGUACAAGGAAUGUGCUGAUCCUGCGCUCGAUUUCCUGGUGGAGCGUGACAAUGACUUCUGUGUGUGUGAGACUCCCUGUAACAUGACCAGAUACAACAAAGAGCUGUCGUUUGUCAAGAUCCCCAGUAAAGCCUCAGCCAAGUACCUGGCCAAGAAAUACAACCGCACCGAGCAGUACAUCAAGGACAAUAUACUUGUUCUGGACAUCUUCUUUGAGGCUCUAAACUAUGAGACAAUAGAGCAGAAAAAGGCCUAUGAAGUGGCUGGACUUUUAGGUGACAUUGGAGGACAGAUGGGGCUCUUCAUUGGGGCCAGUAUACUCACCAUUCUGGAGCUGUUUGACUAUCUCUAUGAGGUCCUAAAGUACAAACUGUGUCAAUGCUCUGAUAAGAAGCACAAGCACAGCUCCAGCAGUGACCAGGGCACUGUGCUGAGUCUGGACGACGUUAAGUGUCACGUGACCAACUUUCACUAGGUCACGCCCCUCUAGGCUCCGCCCCCACUGUGUAUGUGCGGCUCCGAGAACAGCUGUUUAUGACUGUGAGCUUUAUAACAGUGAAAAGGGACCUUGUCUGGGGCAAAACACUGUGGUAUUUCAUAUGGACUGUCCCUGGUUCUGCUAUGAGCUGUGACGGAGAUCUGAAAAACGUAA